GACAUGGACUGAAUUGUCUUCGGUCCACUCGGAAGUAAUUGAGUCGUCUGGUCCGGGAGCAACAGGGAACGUGAACGAGCACGCGAAAAUAUGCAGGCUGCGCACAACGACGACCUCCGCGAUCAGGAGGAUGCGCCCUUCCUCCCAGGAGAGCAAGGGAGCUCUGCGCCGCCUCGUUAUAAUGACCGUGCCGCCAACGCCGCGCGCGAGAAAUUGCGCUGGCGUCUGAUCAUUACGCUCUUCGCCAUGAUUCUCACCGUGGAAACGGGAAAUGCCAUGGUCAGCGGUCCGACGACUCGAAUUUAUGAGGCCAUUGCCUGUCGGGAUUAUUACCAGGCGCAUGAUCCGAGUAAGAUCGGGAACGGCGGCCAGAUCCCCGAGGAGCUGUGCAAGAAUUCGGAGAUCCAGAGUGAAGUGGCCAUCGUGAAAGGAUACGGAGAGCUCUUUGAUGGCUUGACCAGUAUCUUUCUCGCUAUCCCGUACGGACUUCUGGCGGACCGGAUGGGCCGGAAGCCUACCAUCUUGCUCAGCAUCCCCGGAUUCAUACUGAACAUGGUCUCCACCCUGGUCGUGUUGUGGUUUUCGAACGUGUUCCCAUUGCGCGCGGUCUGGUUCUCUUCCCUGGCGUGGUUGCUGGGCGGUGGCCUGGUCGUCGCAGCGGCACUGGUUUGGACCAUGAUGGCGGACGUGACCACAGACGCUCAGAGAGCCACCAUGUUCUUCCAAUUCGGAGUCGCCGUCAUGGGUUCCGAGUUCAUUUCCAGCAUGAUCAGUUCCUGGCUCAUGCAGUUGAAUCCGUGGAUUCCGAUGCUCCUCGGUUGGGGAAUUAUGCUGGGCGGCAUCUUCGCUGCGCUUUCUCUCCCGGAGACAAAGAACGCGUUCCCUACUUCGGCCAACGAGAUGUCCGAUUUCAACAGACAAGAGGACGAGGACGAGGUCGAGGUCGAAGCUCCCCGAAACUAUGGCCGACUCUUUGGAAGGAACACGUUGCUGCGCAGAUCCUGGGCUCGGGUCAAGUCGAUAGUUGCUCCCUAUAGCUUCAUAACUGCAGAUAAGCAGGUUCUCUUGCUUUUGUCUGCUUUCCUGGUUUACAAGCUCAGUCGCGGAACGUCCUGGUUCCUCGUCCAGUACGUUUCGCUCCGGUACGGCUGGACUAUCGCGCGGGCCAACCUGCUGACGUCCUUGAAAUCUAUCCUGACCGUAGUCCUCUUCGUGGCGGGAUUGCCUGCCGUUUCCUGGUAUCUGAUGAAGUACCGUGGCGUGGACAGCCGACAGAAGGACUUGAUCCUCACCAAGAGCAGCAUCGUGUGUCUUCUUGUCGGGACCCUUGGUAUCGGUCUCUCCCCGACAGCGCCGCUGAUGAUCACCUGCCUGGUCAUCCAGACUCUCGGGCAAGGUUUCGUAUAUGCAACACGGUCGAUAAUCACAACCAUGAUCCAACGCGACCAGACCGCAAGGCUAUACACCAUCAUCGAGAUCAUCCAGGCUCUCGGUAUGAUCCUCGCCAGCCCUAUCAUUACCGCUUUCUUCCAAUGGGGUCUCAAAUUGGGCGGCUUCUGGGUCGGAUUGGCCUGGAUGGUCGGGACAAUUCUCUUCGUCAUUGUCGCGUGGGCCAUUUGGUCAGUCAAAUUACCGUAUGUUCCGAAGACCACGCUCGAUUCGGAGGAGGAAUGAACGAAGGUUUAUCUCCAGUUACUCAGUGAGAGUAAUACAGCUUCUUCUGGAAGCAAGCUAUGCUAUAUGUUAUCUGAUGUUAUAUAGAUCGAGAUGCUUACGUGUUAUGUAUGUAUAGAUGGGGAUUGCUAUAGAAUGAUUCAAUGAGAAAGGAUUUUCAUGACUGCCUACU